GUUGUUCAGUCUUUUAUGGGGAUUCCCUUGGAUGUUUUCAAAGAUUUCAGUAGUUUUGUUUUUAUAUUCGAAAGAAUUCGGUUCGUGAUUUUUUUCUAGUAAUCAAAUAAGUAGGAAACGGAAAUUUUACCAAAAGUGCUUUUAUACGAUGGACCGCAAUUUGAUAUUCUUCAGUCCAUACAACAAUCAAAAUUUAGUUGAAAAUCUUCAGAACCAAAUUAUGAUUAGUCCUGAGCUCCACAGCCAUCGCAUUGUUGAUUCCUGCGACCUGUAUCGCUAUGAGGAUGGUGGCGGCGAUGCACGCGCUUUGCUCCUUGGCGAAGAGGAGAACCACGUAUCCUACUCGUCCACUCCAGAAGGCCAGAUGAAAAUGAUUUUGGAUAUGGGGCGGAGUGUAUCUGUUGUGAAUCCCGUUCUACACACACCCGCAGAAGGGGCAGCAUCGGGGGUUAGUCGCUCCUUCGGACGGCUGCCCUACCUGAAUCUGGGGCAACGUCCAACGUGCUCCUGCCCCUUCAUCCUCAUAGGCCACGAGCAGUAUGUGCUACAGCCAGACACCAUUUUCGUGCUUGGGAUGCGUCAGAGUAUCACCAAGAAUGACAUAAUUGUGUGCUUCGGCAAGAUCGGGCACAUCAAGGUGGACGAGGGGACCAACAAGCCGAAGAUCUUCGUCUACAAGGACAAGUUGACGGGCCGCUCCAAGGGGGAGGCCACCAUCACCUACGUGAGUCCCUUGUCGGCCCAGGCGGCCAUAGCUGCCAUGAGUGGCAGAAGAUUCAUGGGCCACACGCUCACUGUGCUUCCCGCCUACCUGUCCACUCGCUCGGGGACCGUGCGCUACAGCUACCCCCGCAAACUUGCCACGGAGCAGCAGCUUGAGCCCCGCUCUCAGAGGUGGAAGCCGGCCAGCGACAACUGGUCCUGCCUGGUGUGCCGUAAUAGCAACUUUGUGUGGCGCUCCUCCUGCAACCGAUGCCAGGCGGAGAAGGGGACGGCGCCAACCGCAGAGAUCUCCAACUCAGAUCGCCGCCGACGGCCCCACAAGAACGAUUGGCUGUGCGACGGUUGCAAUAAUAUUAACUUCUGGUAUCGCAAGAAGUGCAAUCUAUGCAACUCCGAAAAGGCAGAGACGAAGGCGGAGACGAAAACGGAAACCCACUUCAACGGUGACUCCUCAAUGGAAAAGGAAAAGUGGGAGCUAAUGCUGCAGUCUUCAGCGGAGGAUUUGCUCUCUUCCCAUGCCAAUAAUGAUGAUGUUUCGACCGAUAUUUAAUGUUAAGUUCAAGUAAUAUUCAAUGACCAAAUGCCCCUAAAUUUGAUGUAAUAAACGUCACGCUCAA